AAAAAAAAAUAAAAAAAAAAUUCAAUCGUCGCGGAUUUUCCUCGAUUACCCGAUAAUAUCAUUCAAUUCAAAAUCCCUUUUUUAUUUUUGGCGAAUAUAUUCAUUGGUUUUCCUUUUGAUUUCCCGUGCCCAGCUCCGGAAACCCUAGUACGCCAGCCUUGCUGCAUCCGUCCUUAUUCUUGCACGAUUUGUUGUCUUAUCGGGCGGGUCAUGAUUUAUGGCAGCAUCAGAAGGAAAAGUUUCCUACUCCUCGCUUUCCAAUCUGGAAAAGGAGAACAACAAAUUUACGUAUGUAGACGACUUUGAUGACACUACAUGGGCUGCGCAAGAGGACCAUGAUUCAGAGGAAUUGAAUAAAAAAAUAUCAUACCCAUUUCUUCCUGAUCCGGACGAUAUUAUGGAUGGAGGUUAUGACUCUGGUGAGGAUCAUUACCCCUCUAUACCAAGAAAUGGCCCGCCCGAGGUGAACUUGAAAAACGUGAUGAGUGGCAUAUUCGCAAUUCUGACUGGGCGCAAUAAAGAUAAUUUAGGUCUUAGUAAUCUUCCCCAAUUGCCAAGCUCGAACGUUUCGUUUCUUGGAUCUGCAAAGAAUGGAGAGACGUUCUUGCACUCUUCAGUUUACAUACCGAGUGCUCCACCACUUCUUGAGCCAAAUGCUUCUAAUUAUAAUGCUUACAAAGACGUGUUGGAAGCCGAACCUCCAGAGUGGCUUCCGGAUAGUUCUACGACAUCUUGCAUGCAGUGCAAUGCACCCUUUACUGCACUGACUCGAGGAAGACACCAUUGCCGCUUUUGUGGAGGUAUCUUUUGUAGGGUUUGCUCGAAAGGAAGGUGUUUGUUACCUGCUAAGUUUAGGGAGAGGAAUCCACAGAGGGUGUGUGACACGUGCUAUGAUAGGCUUGAUCCACUGCAAGGUGUGUUGAUCAAUACCAUCAGUAAUGCUGCACAGGUGGCAAAGCACGAUGUUAUGGACUGGACUUGUUCAAGAGGGUGGUUGAAUCUUCCUGUCGGUUUGUCCUUGGAGCAUGAAAUAUACAAGUCGUGCAAUACAUUGAGAAGCUUUUGCCAGGUAGCUAGGUUAAACCCUGAGAAGUCCAUCCCUGCCGCUGUUAUGAAAGGGGCGAGAGGUUUAGCAAUCUUGACAGUUGCUAAAGCUGGUGCACUAGUUUCUUACAAACUGGGGACUGGCUUGGUUGUUGCCCGAAGGUCAGAUGGGUCGUGGUCCGCACCAUCUGCCAUACUUUCCGUUGGUUUGGGAUGGGGUGCCCAGUUUGGAGGUGAACUCAUGGAUUUCAUAAUUGUGAUGCACGAUGCUAGGGCUGUGAAAACAUUUUGCAGUCGCAUGCAUUUUUCUCUUGGUGCGGGUUGCAGUGUCGCUGCUGGACCAAUUGGGAGAGUUGUAGAAGCAGAUCUGAGAGCUGGAGAGAAAGGUUCUGGCAUGUGCUACACCUAUAGUUGCAGCAAAGGUGCAUUUGUUGGUGUCUCGUUAGAAGGAAACAUUGUCGCCACAAGAAUGGAUACGAAUCUUCGUUUUUACGGCGAUCCAUAUCUCACAACGGCUGAUAUACUCCUGGGAAAUGUAGAUAGACCAAAAGCUGCUGAACCAUUAUAUGCUGCUCUUAGAGAACUUCACUCCAAAUUACGGUGCUAGUUCCAUACAAGGUUUCUUUUUAUUUAAGCCUAUGAAUAAUUUAUACAUGUCCUUUGAUAAAAUGCUCUUCCGAACUUAAAUUUAUUCUGCGUGGAUUGUGUAUAUUUCUGCUGCUUUUAUUUGGUUGAUGUGAAUAUGGUGGAUAUGGAUUCAUACAGCUGUAUAUAAGGUUUUUAUAUAAUUGGUUUGUUCUAAUA